CUUGCCCGCUGCUCUUGUCAAGUAAUGUCGAACACCCACAAACAAUCACUUGCUUCAGAUAGUACUAGUACUAGAGCGCUGAACCAAAAGUCGCCCCGCCCCGCCUUUAUCAACCUCGAUGAAUGCAAGCCCAUCAUCUCUACCACUACUGCGAACACGAGCCGUAACUCGAGUACGCAUGGAACGACCGCAUUCGUCUUCACCUCCUCCCGCAUACUGCGCGCGCUCCAGGACCAAGACGAAACAUGCCAUCAUCAGUGGUACCCCUCCAGUCCAUCCGGAGCCUCUGUCCCCGCUUCUCCCUAUACUUCAUCCGCCGCCUCUUCUCCGUCGAGGACGCAGCGUGCGUCCCUUACCCUCUCUCAGCUCGUCAAGCACUCGGAGGGCGCCGUCGAUGCACGUUCCCUUCUGGGUCCCAAGAUGCGCGCCGCGGGCUUCGUGAAUAUGUCGAAUAGUCAUUUUCGACGCGCCAAUGCGAGCUGUCCAAGCAGUCCCUUGUCGGCUUCGCACGAUAACUUGGUAAGUGCCUAUUACGCCCUACCUACGCCCCGCGACCCACCCGAUUUCCCGCCAAUGCGCUUCGUCGAGAAUAAGUUGGAUUGGUACCCAAACAAGCCCGAUGUCGAGAAGAUGGGAUCGACGUCCUUGGCGAGCAGUGGCCCAGGUUUAAGUGAGUAUACUCCCGGCCCUCACAACACUAGUGCUUCGUUGUCCACAUCCGCAUAUAGUGCUCGCAGGCCUCCACUUCGUAACCACUUAAGCGACCCAGGUUCCGGAUCGUCUGGACCUUUCUCGUCGUCCUCGUCCUCGACGUUGGUGUCGGCCUCGGUUCCCUUGACCGCCGUGGAGGAAGCUGAGGAAAUUAGUGCGUGGCGUAGCUCGUCCAGUCCCGGUUCCAGUUCUAGCCGCAGGAAGGGGAGGGCGAGGCGAAGGCGGGAUGAGCCCGUGGAGUAUCCGUUCCCUGCUACAUGCGGUUUUCCUCGCUCCCAGCGGUCCCCCGGAUUCUGCGGUUCUCGUGCGUCUAGUGCGACUGCCUCCCCCACCAUCAUCGCCCCCAUCCCACCGGCAGCUCAACCCGCCUCCCAAGCCGGCUCCUUGAGGUCAUCACCACCUGUCUCAUCAUCCAACCGCUUGGCCGCCUCCUCAGCCGCCUCCUCCACAGUUGUCUCUUCGUCUUCAUCGUACUCCAGUCACAUGCAGUCACCCACACACGAUGAUCCGUCCUCCUCACGUCGACGCCGUUCCUCAAUAGAGAAACGCGCGAAAGCGAAAGCGAAGGGGAGAGAUAAGGCAACAGCAACUGAUGUCACUGAACAGACACCGUCAUUCUCCACCGCCAAACGGCUGGGCUACCAUCGUCCGUAUAGCUUGACCGAGUUAUGCGACUCGUCUCCAUUCGCGUGGCUCGGCAAGUCCGACAUGUUUGCCCCUCCAGCGCCGAUAUCACGAUCGCUUGUCAAACCAGUCUCGCCCGCCCUAGUGCCCUUCUCGUCGCGUCCGCCUGCGGUUGUUGACCCCCAACCUCCACAGCAAACGCGCCAUCAUCGACACCACACGACCGCCCAUGGAGGUAAUGCAAAAAACCCUGAGGGACGGGUCCAUCGUAUUGCGAGCGAGCCGUUAGGUGUUCCCUCAGGUCCCUCGGGCGCCCCCGGCUCGGCCUCGGAACACGAUGUUGAGAAGGGGCAUCAGUCGAAGAGGACCGCGAAAGCAGUCGAAUACACCGUUGCGACUACCGACAACGAUUGCGGACACCUUGCGCGCGGCGUUCUGCCUACGGCCGAUGUUCAUGGUGACAAACCAGGAGAUGUCGUUCCUGUGAAAGGACGCGGUCGCGAUACUCGGGGCAAAACGCUCGGAGCAUCAGAAAGCACGGAGGAUCGAGCUGCGGCGCAAGAGCAUGCGGAGAUGGACAAGGAGAAGAUGAGGGCGCUGGAGGCCCUCACGCAGCUGUCAAUCCGGGACGGUGGCGAGGCCGAUUUCGCGCGCCAUAUCGCUGCUGACCGUGCCCGAGACAAAACCUUAAAGGAGAAGCAGCGCGCGCACCACAAGUUCCGAGGCAAGACGAUCGACGAAGAAUAUGACCCGAGUGAAUCAGAGAUUACGAUGGUUGAACAUUAAUGUCUCCGUACCGUCAAGCAGCCUGGAUACCCCGCGCUUGCCCCCAAAGGCCUCUCUCUCUUCACGCUUUCUGUGACGCCAACACGAUGUGGAACAGACCUGCAAAAUACCCAUACACAUCAGGACUGCAUUGUACGAUCGCAUCAUCCCCCGGUACCUGUGCGCACGAGAACACGGUGCCCCAAAACGUUUCGAUUAAAUCACGACGCUGGACGACGAUUCGCUUUCCGAUGGUCCCCGCCCGUACACGUCGAUGGUUACUAGAUACUCCACUCCAGCAGGUCUCGGUCGUUUCACAACUCCAUGCAGAUCCCGCCGGACAGAUCCUGCAUAUCUCCUUGCGUGUCACACCCCUGCCCCGCCGCCUCAACAUUCCCCUCGCCAACAUCUCUCCGCACCUCCCUCACCUCACUCAGUCUCC